GAGCUGGUCGUCAGCAUGUCCUUUCCCAAGGCGCCCCUGAAACGAUUCAAUGACCCUUCUGGUUGUGCACCAUCUCCGGGUGCUUAUGAUGUGAAGACUUCAGAAGUAUUGAAAGGACCAGUAUCCUUUCAGAAGUCACAACGAUUUAAAAAACAAAAAGAAUCUCAGCAAAAUUUUACUGUUGACAAAGAUACUACCUUGCCUGCUUCAGCAAGAAAAGUUAAGUCUUUGGGAUUAAAGAAGGAACCUCAAAAGAAUGAUAAAGACUUGAAGAUGCUGGAAAAAGAGAUUCGUGUCCUUGUGCAGGAGCGUGGUGCUCAGGACAAGCGGCUCCAGGACCUGGAAGCGGAGCUGGAGAAGAUGGAGGCAAAGCUCAGUGCCGUGGUCAGGGAGAAAACGUCUCUCUCUGCAAGUAACGCUUCCCUGGAAAAGCAGCUUACUGAAUUAACCAGGACCAACGAGCUACUAAAAUCUAAGUUUUCUGAAGACGGUAACCAGAAGAACCUGAGGAUUCUGAGCCUUGAGUUGAUGAAACUCAGAAACAAAAGAGAAAGUAAGAAGAGGAGCAUGAUGGCUAAACAACAAGGAAUGCAGGUGAAACUGCAGGACGCCCAGAAGAACCUUGAAGAGUCUCAGGGGAAGGUGGCACAGCUCGAGGGAAAACUUGCUUCCAUACACAAAGAAAAGGUUGAUGAAAAAUCUGAUACAGAAAAACUCUUAGAAUACAUUGAAGAAAUAAGUUGUGCCUCAGACCAAGUGGAAAAAUACAAACUAGACAUUGCCCAAUUAGAAGAAAAUUUGAAGGAGAAGAAUCAUGAAGUUUUAAGCCUUAAGCAGUCUCUUGAGGAAAACACUGUUACCUUGUCUAAACAAGUAAAAGACCUGGAUGCUAAAUGUCAGCUACUUGAAAAAGAAAAAGAAGACCUCAUCAACAGGGAAAGAGAACAGGAUGAAAGUCUAAAUUCUGAAAUGCAAAACUUAAAAGAGAAGUUAAUUCUUGAAAAACAAGAACAUGAAAAGCUACAACAAAAAGAGUUGGAAAUUGAUUCACUUCUGCAACAAGAGAAGGAAUUAUCUUCUAGUCUUCAGCAGAAGCUGUGUUCUUUUCAAGAGGAAAUGAUGAAAGAAAAGAAUCUCUUUGAGGAAGAAUUAAAGCAAGCUCUGCAUGAGUUAGAUAAACUACAGCAAAAGGAGGGACAAGCUGAAGAGCUGGUCAAACAACUGGAAGAAGAAACAAAAGCCAGAGCUGAAGAGCUGACGCUUCUAGAAGAAAAGCUAAAGAGGAAAGAAGCGGAACUGGAGAAAAAUAAUGCUGCUCACACUCAGGCCACGCUGCUUUUGCAGGAGAAGUAUAACAGUGCAGUGCAAAACCUUGGAGAUGUCACUGCUCAAUUUGAAAGCUGUAAAGCUUUAACAGCUAGGGAGAUAGAAGAUCUCAAGCUGGAGAACUCAUCACUUAAGGAAAAAGUGGCCAAGGCUGAGAAAAAUGCAGAGGCUGUUCAGCAUCAGAUAUUGGCAACCGAGAGCUCAAAUCAAGAAUAUGCCAGGAUGCUUUUAGAUCUGCAGACAAGAUCAGCACUUAAAGAAGCAGAAAUUAAAGAAAUUACAGUUUCUUCUUUUCAAAAAAUAACUGAUUUGGAGAACCAACUGAAGCAACAACGUGAAGACUUUAAGAAGCAGCUGGAAGAAGAAGCAGCAAGAAAGUCUGGAAAAGAAAAUACAAUGGCAGAAUUAAUGGAGGAAAUGAAUAAGUGGCGUCUCCUUUAUGAAGAACUGUAUAAUAAAACCAAGCCUUUUCAGCAACAACUGGAUGCAUUUGAAGCAGAGAAACAGGCCUUGUUGAAUGAACAUGGUGCAGCUCAGGAACAGCUAAAUAAACUCAGAGAUUCGUAUGCUAAAUUGUUGGGUCAUCAGAAUCUAAAGCAAAAAAUCAAGCAUGUUGUGAAAUUGAAAGAUGAAAAUAGCCAACUCAAAUCGGAGGUGUCAAAGCUCCGCUCUCAGCUUUCUAAAAUAAAGCAAAAUGAGAGAAGACUUCAGGAGGAAUUGAAUAAAGUUCUGGGUGUCAAACGCUUUGAUCCUUCAAAGGCUUUUCUUCAUGAAAGUAAAGAAAAUUUUGUUCUCAAAACCCCAUUAAAAGAAGGCAAUACAAACUGCUGUUGA